CGCUGUGCUCUCCCCGUCUGUUCCGUGACAGGACGUGUGGGAUCGCGCUGUUGUCAACAGCGGUUCUCUUUUGCGAGCUAGGCCCGGCCCUCUCCCGAUCUCUCUAUAAAAGGACCCGGAAAUCGAGCCGAGCCGAAGAGUGAACACGAGUAUUCCUGCUGCUUGUAGUUAAAAAGCUAGCCACCAGAUCAUCAAGGUUGCAAGAAAUUAGUUGAGUUGCUUGUCCGGCUCGACCGUGUGUGCAGAUAGAUAGGUGUAGGGUGGUUAUUCCUCUCGGCUGCAUAAAGAAACGUCGGCACUCGGCACGAAAGGAGGGAUGGGGUUGAGGGAGAUAGAGUCCACAUUGCCGCCGGGGUUCAGGUUCUACCCCAGCGACGAGGAGCUGGUCUGCCACUACCUCUACAAGAAGGUGGCCAACGAGCGCGCCGCGCAGGGGACGCUUGUGGAGGUCGACCUGCACGCGCGCGAACCAUGGGAGCUUCCAGACGCGGCUAAGCUGACGGCUAGCGAGUGGUACUUCUUCAGCUUCAGAGACCGUAAGUACGCCACAGGAUCGCGCACGAACCGUGCCACCAAGACCGGCUACUGGAAGGCCACAGGCAAAGACCGUGAGGUGCGUGACCCGGCCACACGCGCCGUCGUCGGUAUGAGAAAAACGCUGGUGUUCUAUCAGGGACGUGCCCCCAACGGAGCCAAGUCUUACUGGGUCAUGCACGAGUUCCGCCUGGACUCGCCGCAUGCACCACCGAAGGAGGACUGGGUUCUCUGCAGGGUGUUCCAGAAACGGAAAGACAGCGAGCAAGACAAUGCCAGCUCCUCCUCGCCGACCUUCGCCGGCUCAUCGCAGGCCGCGGUUCUGCCGGACCAGCCCAUGAUGGACGCGUACAACGACCAGACAGGAUCGUCGGUCGGCUUCGCACCGCCGCAGGAGAACGCCGGCAGCUUAAACCCGUUGCUGAAUGCAGCGAUCUGGCAGUACGGCUCGGUCCUUGAUCACUUCCCGCAGGAAGUGAGCAGCUCCAGGGGAGUAGGAGACACAUGCGGCAUCUUCUACGACACCGGCUUCGAGGAGAUGUCGAACCUUGGGGGCAUGGGAUUCCCGCAGGGGUGGAUGGGUUGAUGCAUGCAUGGACGUCGAACGUCCAGUAUUCAUGGAAUUGUGCAUUGUGAAGAAAAUGAUUGGAUUAAUUCCAUUGGUGAUAGCUAUUGUAUAAA